AUGACCGCCGAUCUGUUUAAGCAGUGGCUAAAAACGUGGGACAGGAAGCUUGAAUUGAGAAACAGAAAGGUUCUCCUCAUCGUCGACAAUUGUACGGCGCACAAGAUGGACGUCGAGCUGAGAGCUAUCGAGCUGGCUUUCCUUCCGGCAAAUACGACAGCAGCGUUGCAGCCGAUGGAUCAGGGCGUGAUCAAGAAUUUGAAGACGUUUUAUAGACGUCAUAUGCUUGAGCGUUUGAUUCUGUGCGGUCCAAGCAACACCGUGACUCUGCUUUCGGCGUUGCACAUGCUGGCGCGUGCGUGGGACCAAGUCGUGCCAUCGACCAUCGCGAACUGUUUCCGCCACUGUGGCUUCAUCACCCCAAGCUGUUCCACCGCUCGGGACACGUGUCUGCAGGAAUUAACCGAUGACGUGUUCGACGAGGAGAAUGUUCCAGCAGACAUGCAUGAGGCACUGCAAGGCGUGCGCUUCACCGAUUACGUUGACGCGGAUAGCGCGGCGGCGGUCUGCGCUGUUCGCAGCGAUGAAGAAAUCGUAGCGGAAGUGUCGGCGCGACAAGAACCGGACGAAGAAAACGAAGACGAUGAAGAGGUGGAAGAAAUGACGGUGCGGCCAUCCCCAUCACAAGUUUUGGAAGCACUUAAAGGGACGGUCUCGUACAGACCGAGCGAUUCCGAAACUUAG